GGAGGAGACAGGGGCGGGUGGGGGCCUACCCUCCAGACCGUCCUCCUGCCGCGCCUCUGCCUCUUCCUCGCCCGCCCAAACAGCUGUUUACAACGGAAUGUGGACGCGGUUGCCGCGCCGGUGGCCAGAGAUCUUUCUUUCCCUGAGAGGUCCUUUCUGGAGGAUUCUUUUGUGUUCAGCUUGGGCCCGCGUGCAGCUCCGACAGAUGCGUGUCCCCGUGCCAGGAUCCUCCUCCCCUCGGUUUCCUGGUUAGGUACCGGGAGGAUUUUAUGUUGGUUGAGCGAAUGAAUGGGAGCAGUUAAAUAGCGCCGGGAUGCACCCUACAGCUCUUUAACUAGAGUUGCCGAUCGUGAAGGGGUGGUUGUGUGCCAGCCUGUGGUCGCUGGGUAGUCUUAGCGUUAAAUGAGGAGGUUCACAACUCCGUAGAAAGCUGAAGUCGCACUCUAAAGAGCGAGAAUUGGAUCUCAGAAGUGGCGGAGAAUAGGAUAUUUUAUGAAAAAUUGAUCACUUUUACUAAAGAUAUAUUGUGAGUUGCAAACCACAGGUCCAGUGUUACCCUAAACACCUUGGGCAACCUCUCCCAAAUACAGUGACAUCACAACAAUGACACGGGGAUUUAUGUCUAUCAACAGAUGGGUAUCUGCUGGGGUUGGGGGUGGCGCAGAUAUACGAACAGAGUCUUUGUGGAGAAUAUGGUUGGUCUUGGCUCUUGAUCUAGGCGAAGGAUUUCCUUUUGUUUUUUAAGUACCAAUUAGCACUUUCCCCAUCUGACUCCCAACCCCUCUUUCCCAUCUUCCCUACCUGUCCCGGUUCCAUUUCAGUUGCCAUGGCUUCUGCCAGAGGAAUGAAGUACCCCACUUUCUAUCCCCCCACCCCCAACUUUAUAAAGGGGUGAAAUUCUACUCCUUUCAAAGAUAGGUCACGUGUCAUCUUUUCUGGGAAGGCUUUCUCGGUUCCCUCCAGCUAUUCAGAAUAGCAAAGUCAUGCUACUGUGUUUCAUUGUGGCUCCCUGCAAACAUGUCUGUCUCUCUCUGGCUAGAUUGUUUUCAUCUUUCUAUCCCUCUUUAAAUAACCAUAUUUUGGCUGGAAUUUAAGGCAGGGACGGAUGCCAGCGGUCUAGCCAGCAGCCCUCAGGACUUUGGAGAAAAGUGUAAACAAACACAGGGCUGAAGGGCGUGCCCUGGGAGGAGACAGAACCUGCGCGGGUCUUGGGGGCAGUCUGCUGAGUUCAAAGGAGUCUUGCCUUUUCUCCUUUCUGCACCCACUCUUCAUGGUCUGGGCAGCUCCUCCGCAUGUGAAGAGGGUAAGUUAGGGCAGCGAAUAGACCUCACUGAGGAUGUCUGAAAACCUCGACAAGUCCCACAGAAACAAAGCAGGAGAGUCAAAGCCGAGUGACUCUGAGCAAGGCCUGGGAGGUGCUCUGGAACGUUCUGAUGAAGCCUUGCAGAAAGAAGUAAAGUCGGAUGCACCUAGUCCCCAGAGAGUGGGAAGACCUCACUCUAGUCCUCCUCGGCUUGUCACUGUAGAGGAACUUCUAGAAACAGCAAAAGGAGUCACCAACAUGGCUCUAGCCCAUGAAAUUGUGGUAAAUGGAGACUUCCGGAUUAACGCUGUUGAGUUAGCAGAAGGCAGCUUGGAGAAGAGAGUAAAGGAGAUUGUACAUAAAGCUUUCUGGGAUUGCCUGAGUGUCCAGCUAAGUGAAGACCCCCCAACAUAUGACCAUGCCAUCAAACUUGUAGGAGAGAUCAAAGAGACUCUGCUGUCUUUCCUGCUGCCUGGUCACACUAGACUAAGAAACCAGAUAACUGAGGUCUUGGAUCUGGAACUGAUAAAACAGGAAGCAGAGAAUGGGGCCCUAGACAUUUCCAAGCUGGCAGAAUUCAUUAUUGGCAUGAUGGGGACAUUGUGUGCACCUGCUCGAGAUGAGGAAGUUAAGAAACUAAAGGACAUUAAGGAAAUAGUGCCUCUUUUCAGAGCAAUCUUUUCUGUGUUGGACCUAAUGAAAGUAGACAUGGCCAACUUUGCUAUCACUAGCAUUCGGCCGCACCUCAUGCAGCAGUCAGUCGAGUAUGAGAGGAAGAAGUUUCAGGAAGUCUUGGAGAAGCAGCCAAACUCCCUGGACUUUGUCACCCAGUGGCUGGAGGAGGCCUCAAAUGACCUUUUGACUCAGAAGUACAAACAUGCCCUGCCAGCUGGGGGAGGGGCUGCUGGCUCAGGGGAUGCUCCAGUGCUGACCCCUGUUUCUGUCCAGAAUUAUGCCUACCUGAAGCUUCUAAAAUGGGACCACUUCCGGAGACCUUUCCCCGAGACCCUUUUGAUGGACCAGUCUCGUUUCCAAGAGCUCCAACUGCAGCUGGAGCAGCUGGCGGUCCUGGGAGCGGUGCUCCUCGUCACAUUCAGCACUGCUGCACCUGGAAUCUCUGGCCAGGCUGACUUUGCUGAGAAACUCAAGAUGACAGUGAAGAUUCUGCUAAUGGACAUGCAUCUGCCUUCCUUCCAUCUGGAGGAUGCUCUGACUUCCAUUGGGGAGAAAGUGUGCCUGGAGGUGAGAAGCUGCCUCUCCCUAUGUGGAUCCUCCCCAUUCUCCACCAAUAAGGAGACUGUGCUCAAGGGUCAGGUUCAGGCCCUGGCCAGUCCUGAUGACCCCAUUCGCAGGAUUGUGGAGUCCCGAAUUUUGACGUUCUUGGAGACAUACCUUGCCUCUGGUCAUCAGAAGCUACUGCCUACGGUGCCAGGGGGCUUGGGUCCCAUUCAGAAAGAGCUGGAAGAAAUUGCAGUGAAAUUUGUGCGCCUGGUCAACUAUAACAAGAUGGUGUUCUGUCCUUACUAUGACACAAUCCUCAGUAAGCUCCUUCUCCGCCCCUGAGGCGCACAGCUGCCGCAGCUCCCCCUCAUGUCCUCAGAAGCCCGCUGUUGCAGUGCCCUGCUCUGGAGAAUGGCAUGUGGUACCCUCCUGUUUAACGGCACUGGUUCCAGGGGAAGAAGGACUCUCGGAAGGGCGCACUGAGCUCUGCUCUGAGGGUUGUAUUUACGAGUGCAAGUUUACAAACUCAAGAAGCAUUUGUUCUCUUGAGUUUAUAGGUAGCGUCUAGCUUUCAUCCGUUGACUGCCACUGUCUCUGCUCCUGCUACAUCGGCUUGGAGGAGCCAGUUCUCCCAAGGAGCCUGGGACCUUUCUUGUGGGUCAUUCCUUCUCAGAUACCCCAGGCUGGCACGUAAGCCAUGACUUGUUCCCUUGCCCCCCUUACAGCAUUCCUCCAGGUAUUCUUCCCUGGGACCGUUUUUGGUUUUUUUCCUUCUAUUUUCAAGACAAAGUUUCUCCAUUAGCCCUAUCUGUGGAACUAGCUCUGUAGUCCUGGCUGGCCUAAACUCACAGAGAUCUGCCUGCCUCUGCCUCCCCAGUGCUGGCAUUAAAGGUGUGCACCACUAAUGCCUGCCUCUUGUUGGUGUUUUAUGACCAGGCUGUCUAUAGCCAUACAGUGUCCUGUUCCACUCCUUCCCCACCUCCAUCCGUUUAUUGCCGAGCCCUUUUGUUCUUCAGCAGAGUUACUUGAUAAUAUAUUUUGUCUAAUUUUUUAUUAUUAUUUUUGAAGCAGCAUCUCUCUCUGUGUCUCUCUGACUGGCCUGGAACUUGCUAUGUAGAACAAGCCGACUCCAGACUUAAAUGAAUCCUCCUGCCUCUACUUCACACAUGCCAGGAUUAGAGGCCUUUGCCAUCAUACCCGUUGGAUAGAACUUUAUUUUUAAAUGCUUGUUUUGUUGGUUGGGAUGUAGUCCAGUGGUUAGUGAUUGUCUAGUAUGCACAAGGCCCUGGGAUCUAUCUCUUGCAUCUAAACAAUAAAAGACACACACACACACACACACACACACACACACACACACACACACUAGGCAUUGAGAAGUCAUAAGCCCCUGUAGCUUCAGUUACUUGAAAGGUAGGAAGAUUUUAUUUAUUUAUUUAUUUUGGUUUUUUGAGACAGGGUUUCUCUGUAGUUUUAGAGGCUGUCCUAGAUCUAGCUCUUGUAGACCAGGCUGGCCUCGAACUCACAGAGAUCCACCUAACUCUGCCUCCUCAGUGCUGGGAUUACAGGCGUGCGCCACCACUGCCUGGCUGGAAGAUUGUUUUUACCCAAGAAUUAAGAAGCAGCCUGGGUAAUAAAGAGUCCAUCUUUUUUGUUGUUGUUGUUUUUGGUUUUGUUUUGUUUUGUUUUUGAGAUAGGGUUUCUCUGUAGCUUUGGAACCUGUCCUGGAACUAACUCUUGUAGACCAGGCUGGCCUCGAAUUCACAGAGAUCCGCCUGCCUCUGCCUCCUGAGUGCUGGGAUUAAAGGCAUGUCCCCCUACCGCCGGUUUAAAGAGUUCAUCUUAAAAGAACAAGGAUAGGGCCGGGCAGUAGUGGCUCAUGCCUUUAAUCCCCGUUCUUGGGAGGCAGAGGCAGGUGGAUUUCUGUGAGUUUGAGAUCAGCCUGGUCUACAGAGCAAGUUCCAGGACAGCCAGGCCAGGGCUACAGAGAAACUCUGUCUAAAAAACAACAAAAACAAAACAAAACAAAACAAAACAAAAAACCACUGAAACGAUAGAUGUAUAUAGUUUAGUAUAAAGGAAAGAGAAUAAUCCACUGUGUAAUAAUCCAGAUGUGCUGAUGGUAUUCUAAUUCAGAAAUUAGAUUUACGUGUUCCAGGUAAAAUAGCCCAACCUCACUAAUCUAGAGAAGAAAGACAAGUCCCCAGUAUUUGAGUGACCAGAAUUCCUAACACAGCGUGUGACCAUGAGAAUGCUUUGGAUGUGGUACAGAUGAUCUGUUUAAAAAAGAAAAAAACAGACGGUGGUGCAGUGUUGCAGUGGUGGCAAACGCAUUUAAUCCCAGCACUUGGGAGGCAGAGCCAUGUGGAACUCUGUGAGUUGGAGCCAGCCUGGUCUACAGAGCAAGUUCCAGAACAGCCAGGGUUAAACAGAAACCCUAUCUUCAAAAAACAGAAUAUUUUAUGCACGGCUGUGUGUAUUUUAGAGAGGACAUUACUGUAGAGGCAGAGCCGUGACCUUGGAGUGCUCUCCCGCCGGCUCCCUGGACAGUGACGGCAGGAUGCAGAGUGCGCAGUGCGCCUGGCCUGGGAGCACACGGAAAAUCCCAACGCUUCAAGGCUGAGGCCCAGGCUAGCCUGGGUUACAUCGCAAGACCCCACCUGGAAAAGAAAAAGAGAUAAUGGCUGAAUUGAGGAUGAUUUCUUCUUCAAAGAUGUGCGACAAAUGAUCCUAAUGUUGAUUUGUUUCCAAGUGAAAUAAUGUGCUGGGCGUGGGGAGCCACCUUUAAUUCAGCACUCCAGAGGAAGAAGGACUCCAAGUUCAAGGCCAGCCUGGUCUACACAGUGACUUUCCAGGCUGUUGAGGGAUGCAUAGUGAGACCCUGUCUCAAAAACAAAUAAAGUAUGCUAUGUUAUGUGCUCA